AUCAGCUGCGCGCGCGUCACGUGGGCGCGUGUCGAAGGUCACGGCGCCCACAAUGGAGCUGUCGGCGUACGCGCAGGGCGGGUGGCGGUUGUUGGGUGACCCCCGCCGUUUUCCCCGCCGUCCUUACGCCGCUCUCCUCCGCGCCGCUUUCCGCAGCCUCCUCCAUCACCCUCAAAGCGGGUUGGACGAUCCAGACCUGAAAGAUAUUGACCCUAUGGUAUUAAAACAUUGCCAUGCUGCGGCUGCAACGUGUAUUCUGGAGGCAGGAAAGCAGAAAGCCGACAUAUCUGCUAUAAGCACAUGUCUUGAGGACUGUAAACUGGACAAAGAGAGAAUAGAACAAUUUUGCACCGAAUAUCAGAAAAACAAGGAUGCAUUGGAAAUCCUAUUGGGAAGCAUAGGCAGAUCUCCUCUCCAUAUAACUGAUGUGUCUUGGCGCUUGGAGUAUCAGAUCAAGAGCAAUCAACUUCAUAAAACUUACCAGCCUUCCUACUUGGUGACCUUAAACGUAGAGAACAGUGAUUCAGGAUCACACCCAGAUGUUAGUUUUAGUUGCACGAUGGAACAACUACAGGAUUUAGUUGGAAAACUAAAAGAUGCUGCAAAAAGUCUAGAAAGAGCGACUCAGAUGUGAUUGAAGGAAGGUGUCAGCCUGCUGAGCUGAAGUACUCUCAUUCCUGAGUGUCUUCUAAAUGACAAAUGUCUUUCAUCUCUUGAUGCAAACUGUUGUGGUUUUUUUUUUUUUUUAAGUCCUUGGAUGCGAAUUAAGUGAAAUAACUUUUUUAUGACCGGACUUGGUAUUCCUUGCUCGUGUCAUUUUUUUUUUUUUUUAAUUAACUCUUGUUAAAUAGUUGCUUAACUGUCGUGUCUUCAAAGCAUUCCUUCUGUUUAACUUUGUGUAUUUUUAGAAUUGUCACGGAUUAUUUUUCUGUGGGAUCUAAUAAAGUUUAUUCACUCCCGUUCUGCAA